CCCACCUCUCGCCCAUCGUGAUCGAGUUCGCAUAUUUGACGAAACCAGAUCGAGGCGAUCGAUCCAUCAUGGCUUCUUCUUUGGCGUACUCCAAAUCUUUACUCGGGGAAGAGAGAGCCGACGGCGUCUCCGGCCUCGGCUUCCGUCAGCCCUCCGAUCUCCGCCGCCUGUCCUCCGCCGCCGUCCAGAUCUCCAUCCGGCAUCGGACUUCCCUUCCCCAGCGAAGGCUCGGACUAGAGUGAAAUGUCAAUAGCCUAUAGGCCAAUUCAUGCAGAUGCCACGUACGACUUCAAGUAUGGGUUGAGAGCGAUACAGAUUAUAGCAUAUGUUUCUCGAGUGCACAAAGUGGUGCUUCCUGAAGGAGUUGUUGAUAAUGAGAUAGUGACCCUUGAUCAGAUUGAGAGUAAUAUCAUUAGAUGUCCGGAUCCAGAAUAUGCUCAAAAGAUGAUUGAGGCCAUUGAUGCUGUUCGAGUUAGAGGUGACUCUGUUGGUGGUGUCGUGACUUGCAUUGCCAGAAAUGUUCCACGAGGUCUUGGGUGCCCAGUGUUUGAUAAACUGGAAGCUGAUUUGGCAAAAGCGAUGUUGUCUCUGCCUGCAACAAAAGGGUUUGAAUUUGGCAGCGGUUUUUCAGGUACUUUUAUGACCGGAAGUGAGCAUAACGAUGAGUUCUACAUUGGCGAGCAUGGGAGGGAUAUCCAAUGGAGAAACCAUCUCUACGAGAAUAGCUUUUAAACCAGCAUCUACAAUUGGG